GAAGAACUUAUGCUCGAUUAUGUGUUGUUUGUUAUCGAGUGAGUUUGAAACUAUGUGGAUUUUCACACGUUGAGUCAAAUCUAGGUUGUUGAAUUCUUUGGUGUUUUCAAGUUCAAGUAUUGCUAUGAUCAAAGGUUUUGUGUUUUAGGGAAAGGUAGGUUUAAGUUUGUAAGCAAGGUGCGAAGGUGGCACUAGCAUUCUGUUUUGAUCAUUGACGGUUGAUCAUGUUACCGACUUGGACUGAGACUCGGUCAAGGAGCUGCUUGCAAAUGGUGUUGAGCUGAGGUAAAGAAAUCAAUGGAUUCAGAGAAGGGUUGGUUCAAGAGGUUGCAAUCACGAAAUAACUCAUCAACUGAAAAGAAGGAGCCAAUGGCGAGUUCAAGGGACGAUGCAAAACCCCCUAUGCCUGAGGAAGUCUCAACACUCACGAGACAGAGGGCAGCUGCUGCGAAGCAGUAUAUUGAAAAUCAUUACAAGGAGCAGAUGAGAAACCUUCAGGAGAGGAGAGAACGGCGAAGUUUACUUGAAAGGAAGCUAGCUGAUGCUGAUGUAUCUGAGGAAGAUCAAACUAACCUAUUAAAGUUUUUAGAGAAGAAGGAAACUGAAUAUAUGCGCCUUCAGAGGCACAAAAUGGGUGUUGCCGAUUUUGAGUUACUGACAAUGAUUGGAAAGGGUGCUUUCGGGGAGGUUAGAGUUUGCAGGGAAAAGACAACAGGUCAAGUAUAUGCGAUGAAAAAGCUUAAGAAGUCAGAAAUGCUUCGUAGAGGCCAGGUUGAACAUGUGAAAGCUGAAAGGAAUCUGCUUGCAGAGGUGGACAAUAAUUGCAUUGUCAAACUUUAUUGUUCUUUUCAAGAUGAGGAAUAUCUGUAUCUUAUCAUGGAAUAUCUCCCGGGUGGAGAUAUGAUGACUUUAUUAAUGAGAAAAUAUGUUUUGACUGAAGACGAGGCCAGAUUUUAUGUAGCGGAGACAGUUUUGGCUACGGAAUCUAUUCAUAAGCACAAUUAUAUACAUAGAGACAUCAAGCCUGAUAACUUACUACUUGAUAGAUAUGGUCAUUUAAGACUAUCAGAUUUUGGACUGUGCAAGCCUUUAGAUUGUAGUACUCUACUAGAGGACUUUUCAGUUAGAGACAGCUUUAAUGCAACUUCAAAAAGUGAUGAACACAGUCCAACUUCAACACGCACACAACAAGAGCAAUUACAACAUUGGCACAAAAAUAGGAGAAUGCUCGCUUAUUCCACUGUUGGUACACCCGAUUAUAUUGCUCCAGAGGUUCUACUGAAGAAGGGAUAUGGAAUGGAAUGUGAUUGGUGGUCCGUUGGCUCAAUCAUGUAUGAAAUGCUUGUGGGUUAUCCUCCCUUCUAUGCUGAUGAUCCAAUGUCCACAUGUAGGAAGAUAGUGAACUGGAAAGCACAUUUAAAAUUUCCCGAGGAAGCUAAACUUUCUAGAGAAGCAAAAGACCUGAUAAGCAAACUACUUUGUAGUGUUGAUCGGAGGCUUGGCUCCAAUGGGGCUGAUGAAAUAAAGGCCCAUCCCUGGUUUAAGGGUAUUGACUGGGACAGCAUAUACAAUAUGGAAGCUGCAUUUCUUCCUGAAGUCAAAGAUGAGCUGGACACCCAAAAUUUUGAAAAGUUUGAAGAGUCUGAACACCAUUCUCAAACUUCAUCAAAAUCUGCUCCAUGGAGAAAGAUGAUUUCAUCGGAUGACAUGAACUUUGUCGGGUACACAUACAAGAACUUUGAAAUUGUGAAUGACUACCAAGUGCCUGGAAUGGCUGAACUAAAGAAGAAAAGUAACAGGGGAAAGAGGCCAGCAAUCAAGACACUGUUUGAUGAUGAGCCUGAAAAAUCGGAAACAACAAGCUAAUACAUCUCAAAGAAGCGCUGCAAAUUCCUCUUCUUCCCAACAUGACGUUUCUCACACGUGAAACGGUUAAGAUGGGAAUCCCCUCCUCGCCUCACUUCUCUGUUGCCGUAUUCCAUCAUAGCAAAGUGCUCAAGUAACUGAUGAUUCACCAUUGAGUUGGUUAUCUUACGGUCCUUGAUGUGUUGAACUUGGUACAGAGGGCUCAGAGAAAUCCUACACUCGAAUAUCUAGAGUGCAAGCACUUGGAUUAUAAUUGCAGUGCUUCCCAGUUUCUUUCUAACCAUUACUUAGAGCUGCUUAAAAUAUUUAUUUGUAAGUAUUUUUUUUCUUUUUAUGUAUUUCUCAAGAGUAUAGUUUACCACAACAUACAACAUAAAUGCCUUUUGUGGCUUUGUACAAUAACAAUAGUGUACUCAACAAUCUCCUAUUACUAUGUCAAGGACAAAUUCCAGUUGCAAUUUAUCAUGCAUCUGCAAUACUUUUCCUUGUAUUUAGUGUA